AUGUCGGCGGCAUUCUCGGACUUCGGCCCGCUCACGGAGCGGCGCCGCGUUGAGAAGCAGCGGCAGCAGCGCAGGCGCGUCAUGUUCGCCGCUGCCGGCGCGUCGGUGGUCCUCAUCCUCAUUGUCAUGGGCGGCGCCGCCGUCGCGUACAACGCUAGCGUCCAGGACGACGAGUCAUCGUCGGAUGAGUCGUCGUCCUCCUCGUCCUCUUCCCCUUCCAGCGGCGGCUCGGGGUCGAACCUGAUCAGCGUGUCCAAGAGCGUCAAGAUGAUGUGCGCGCAGACCGACCACAGGGACGCCUGCGAGAAGAGCCUGUCCAAGGCCACGAACGCCAGCGCGUCGUCGCCCAAGGACAUCGUCCGCGCCGCCGUUGCCGUGAUCGGGGACGCCGUCGGGAAGGCGUUCGACCGGUCGGCGCUGGCCACCAGCGACGACCCGCGCGUGAAGGCCGCCAUCGCGGACUGCAAGGAGAUCUACCAGAACGCCAAGGCCGACCUGGCGCGCACGCUCCGCGGCAUCGACGCCGGCGGCAUGGACGAGGUCACCAGGCGCGGGUACGAGCUCCGCGUCUGGCUCAGCGCGGUGAUCGCGCACAUGGAGACGUGCAUCGACGGGUUCCCCGACGGGGACCUGAAGAGGAACAUGACCGCCACGAUGGAGUCCGGGAAGGAGCUGACCAGCAACGCGCUGGCCAUCAUCGAGAAGGCCUCGUCGUUCCUCGCCGCGCUCCACAUCACGGCGGCCAGCCACCGGAGGCUGCUCAGCAUCCGGGAAGGUGAAGACGUGGAGAAGCAGCCCAAAGUGAACCACUCGGGCACUUUCCUGGGCGAGCGCGGCGACAGCCCGGCGCCCGAAAGCUACCGGAGGAGGCUGCUCGGCGUCGAGGACGACGACACCCCGCCGUGGAUGGACGGGCCGGAGAGGAGGCUACUCAAGGGCAACAACUUCCAGAGCAGGCUCACGCCCAACGUGGUGGUGGCCAAGGACGGCAGCGGCAAGUUCAAGACCAUCAACGACGCGCUCAACGCCAUGCCCGCCAAGUACACCGGAAGGUACCUGAUCUACGUGAAGCAGGGGGUGUACGAGGAGUACGUGACGAUCACCAGGGCCAUGGAGAACGUGACCAUGUACGGCGACGGCGCCAUGAAGACCAUCGUCACCGGCAGCAGGAACUUCGCCGACGGCCUCACCACCUACAAAACCGCAACCUUCAACGCGCAGGGCGACGGCUUCAUCGCCAUCGCGCUGGGGUUCCGCAACACGGCCGGCCCGGCGAAGCACCAGGCGGUGGCGCUGCUGGUGCAGUCGGACAGGUCCAUCUUCCUCAACUGCCGCGUGGACGCGUACCAGGACACGCUGUACGCGCACUCCAAGGCGCAGUUCUACCGCAACUGCGUCAUCUCGGGCACCAUCGACUUCGUCUUCGGCGACGCGGCCGCCGUGUUCCAGAACUGCGUCCUGGUCCUCCGCCGCCCCCUGGACAGCCAGCAGAACAUCGCCACGGCGCAGGGCCGCGCCGACGGCCGCGAGAGCACGGGCUUCGUGUUCCAGUACUGCCGCUUCGCCGCCGAGGCGGCGCUCAGGGACGCGUCCCGCCCCGCCAUCCGCAGCUACCUCGCCCGCCCCUGGCGCGAGUUCUCGCGCACGCUCAUCAUGGAGUCGGAGAUCCCCGCCUUCAUCAACAAGGCCGGGUACCUGCCGUGGAACGGCGACUUCGGGCUCAAGACGCUGUGGUACGCCGAGUACGCGAACCGGGGGCCCGGCGCCGACACCGCCGGCCGCGUCACCUGGUCCGGGUACAAGAAGGUGAUCAGCAAGGACGAGGCCGCCAAGUUCACCGUGCAGAGCUUCUUGCACGCCGAGCCGUGGCUCAAGCCCGCCGGCGCGCCGGUGAAGUACGGCUUCUGGGCGUGAGGCUGUUCUCGCGGCGCGCCCGCAUCCGAUUCCGAGGAAGCUAGCAGAGGACGCGAUCGACAGCGACGGAAGCAGAGGUCGGUUACCAAUUCAAAUGCCGCGCAUCUGCUUCAGUUGUUGGGAGCAUGCCGAUCCAUGAACAGACCAAGGUGCUGCAAUACGGACCAUAAUCCUUGUACAUUGUAUGUGUUGAUUUUGAUACUGUAUGUACAUGUAUUUAUAUAUCAGAUUUUGUUUUUAGUGUACCAUAUUAUGAUUCUCAA